UAAUUAUUGACAUAAUUUGGUGUUUGAUUUAAAUAAUAUAUAUAUAAUAUCCUUUAUAUCAUACAUAUCUAUACAUAUAUAUAAAAUAUGUUAAUAAUGUGAGCGUAAAAAAUAAAAUAUAUGAGAAUGAGGAAACGCGCAUGCGUGUGUUGUAUAUAUGUGUGUGUAAUAGUUAAUAUUAGUCAGUAGUCAGUACCAAACAUAUAUAUAUAUAUAUAUAUACAUAUAUGUAUACAAUACAUUGAUAUGUAUUAAAAAUAUAUAGAUAUAUACAAUUGUAUAUUUUCUUUCUCGUGGCUCGUGUUUCGUGUAAUAUGGUUAAGUGUUUCAUUCUCAUUCUGAUGUUAACUUGAUCUUCUUCACCAUCUUCAUCAGGUCAUUUAAUUAUAUAUUUAUUAUUAAUUACAAUCGAUAAAUAUUAUUUUAUUAAAACAUCACAAUCUUGACAAAUAAAUAUAAUUACAAGUUUUAAAUUGUCAGUUUUUAAAUCUACGUUCAAGUUUAGUGAUCAUUAUCUAAUAAUUAUACUAAUUAAUAGAUAUUAAAAAAAAAAUCUUUUUUUGCUUUUUGUUUGUUAAUAAAAAAAAAGUUGAAAGAAUGUUAAAUAUCUAAAGGUUGGAAAGUGAUAAUAAAUUUAAAAAGUGAAGGGAAUGGGACAGUGACUUUGGACCAAGUGAUCAUCUGUUGUUUGUUUGUCUUCGUUAUAAGAAAUAAAUAUUUUUAAAAUUUAAAAAAAUGUGGAGUUUUUAAAAAUAACGAUAGAUUAUUUUACAAUAAAAAAGAAGAUAAAUCAAAAAUUUUAAUAAAUUCGCUAUGAGUUUUAAGAUAUUUGAAAUAUACAUUGUGAUAUAAACAGAGUGGAGGCAUGGAUCAGUAUCAUGAUAUGAACGAUAAUAUUAAUAUAAGUGAUGUCAUCGAAGUUAUUCAGACAACAGAUCCAGAAUUUGUUGAAGAAAGUAGAUGUCGAAAUCAACAACAGCAACAAGCUUUGAAUAUGAUGUCUGGUGGUGGUGUGGAAACAAGACCAGUUCUUGCUGGUAAUACAUCAGCCAGGGUUGGCUCUUAUGUUGAAAUCGUCGAACAACCCGCUAGUAAAGCCCUAAGAUUUCGUUAUGAAUGUGAAGGUCGCUCUGCUGGAAGCAUACCCGGUGUUAACAGUUCACCUGAGAAUAAAACCUUUCCUAGUAUAAGAAUAGUAGGGUACAAAGGACGUGCAGUAGUCGUAGUUUCGUGUGUAACAAAAGAUCCGCCAUAUAGACCUCAUCCACACAAUUUAGUUGGAAAGGAAGCAUGUAGACGCGGUGUUUGUACUUUAGAAAUAUCAUCAGAAAAUAUGACUGUGACUUUUGCUAAUUUGGGUAUCCAGUGUGUUAAGAAGAAAGAUAUUGAAGAAGCAUUGAGAGUUAGAGAAGAAAUUCGUGUUGAUCCUUUUCGAACUGGUUUUGAGCAUAAGAGACAACCGGCUAGUAUUGAUUUAAACGCAGUCAGAUUAUGCUUCCAAGUAUUUCUUGAAGGAACUGAUAAAGGAAAAUUUACUGUACCAUUAACACCGAUUGUAUCGGAUCCCAUUUAUGACAAAAAGGCAAUGUCUGAUUUAGUGAUAUGUAAACUAAGUCACUACAGUGCUCCAGUAGCUGGUGGUAUGGAGAUGAUAUUAUUGUGUGAAAAAGUUGCCAAAGAAGAUAUUCAAAUACGUUUUUUUGAAGAACGUGACGGUCAAUUUGUUUGGGAAGGAUUUGGUGAUUUUCAACCAUCACAUGUUCAUAAACAGGUGGCAAUAGCGUUCAGAACACCGACGUAUCGUAUCCAACAAGUUGAGCAUCCAGUGCAAAUUUACGUUCAACUAAGAAGGCCGUCAGAUAAUGCAACUAGUGAAGCAUUACCCUUUCAAUUUCUACCACUUGGCGCAGGUAGGCCCGCGUUUUGGUCAUUAAGAAAAAUUUUAGCUAAAAAGAAACCCGACCCCGAGAUAUUUAAUAAAAUACUAUCUUCUGAUACCUCAGUAUUCGCCGGGAUUAAUCAACGACUACCGCGUAAUUUAGAUGAAUUUAAUAAUAACACAAAUAAUAACAAUAAUGAUAGUUUUGAUUUAGCAAUAUCACACGGUAAAAUAUCAGCACUGCGUGCUCUCAAUGAUCUUUACAAUAAAAAUACAGAUACUCUUAAAAAAUUAAAUAAUUCACAGCAAUUGAUAAUUAAUUCCCCGUCAAAUAUUAUUGAUAUUGAUAUUGAUAAUGAAAAUGAUAACGAAAAUUUAAAAACAGUAAAUAAUUCAUCUAAAAAAUAUUUAAAUGAUGAUGAAUUAAAUAAAAUUCCUUUGCAAAAUGAAUCAACAAUUACUGAGAAAAAAAUAUAUACCGAUAAUAUAAAUACAAAUAACUCGGACAUUGAAUUGAUGCCAAAAGAUAAAACUGAUUGGUUUGACUACUCGGAAGUUGGCAAGUGGGUCCAUAAAAGUAAAGAAGAAUCUCUGAAUAGCAAAACUGAAAUUACCAAUAAAAAUAAUGACAACAAUUUACAUAACACUGAAAAUAUUUUAAAUAAUGACGAAGAAACAAAAUCAUUGAAUGAAUUAAUAACACAAGUUGCUGAGCUAGAUGAAAUUUACGCUGAUACCCAUACUAAAAUACUGCAAAAUAAUUUAUUGACACAGUCAAAUUCUACAAAUGACAAUAAAUAUCAGCAGACGUUUAUGGAUAUCGAUAAUUGUGACAAUCAAACCUACACAAGCUUGCAGUUAGCCAUGAAAAACCCAAUAGACAUACGGCCGUAUGAUAGAAUUAAUAUAAAUGGUGAAGAUGAUCGCAAGUAUGAAGAUGUCGCGAUACCAAGUCGCGAAACGAGUUUACCACCUGGUCCACCACCACCUUUACCUCCAUCGUCGUCACUGUUGAUAUCAAAAAGAGACGUCACUUAUGCAUAUGACGAAAAAAUACCUCCGUUGCCGCCAAAACGGUUGAGAAAAAUGACAACGUCCAUGCCCACGUUGCCACGUUCAUCUUCACAGUGCAAGCAACUGUCAAUAAAUGACAGCGCGCCGCAUAAAAAUUUGCCCUCGCUGCCUCCUACUCUCACUAAAUCCAAGCAAAGUUUGUUUGCUAAAUUAUUUAACAAAAAGCACAGCAAUAAUUAUAGUAAUAAAAAAGACGGUGAUAAUAACAGAGAAAUGAACGUGGUACGAGGUAACAUAUUGAUAAGUGAUAGAAAUGAUUGUGAUCCUGAUGACAGUUCAAUGUCAUUGAGAGACAGUACCCAGGAUAUUUCAUCUAAAAAUUUUGAUUUACCACGAGCUAGUGUUGCCAGUGUUACUGCUGUUAAAUCUUUUAAUAUAGAUGGCGACGAAUCACCGCCUUAUGGUAUAGAAUUAACUGAAGCUGAACACUACGCUCUUUACACUGCAAUGGCACCACAUGCUACUGCUUCCGAGUUUGAUGAAUUGUCAUUUUAUUACAGCCCUGUUGAGGGUGGAAAAAUUUUAACAGAUACCAAAGAAACGUAACCCGUGUAAAAAUAAUCAGUGACAGAAAGUUUAAAAGUUUGCUAUUGUAAACUUCAAAACACGAACUUUUGUUAAAAGUUUUUUAAACUUUUGAAAUUUCAGGGGGAAAACUAAUGCUCGGCUCAUUACUAUUAAAAUAUUUUAUAAAAAUGUUCAGUAAUUGUUCAAAGUCAGCUUUUUCUGAACAUAUCGUAUCACUAAUUUCAAAAGGACUUAUAUUUUUAUACUCCUUUUUGGCUUUAGUCACUAAGUUUGAUGCCAAAAGGGUAUAUCAUUUUUUUUUAUUGCUAAUCAUGUUGUCGACUUUUUCUAAAGCUGGAAAUUGGAAAAAUUUUUAGCUAUUAAAUGAGUCUACAAAACGAUUUUUGCGUUAAUUUAAAAAUAAUUAAUAAUUAGCGGUGGGAAAUUUUUUAUAUUACG